UCUGUCCCCGGAAGUAACGGUCGAUAGCUAGCUUGACCGGGACUCCGUUAGCCGCAGCGUUAGCCGUUCAGUUAGCUCUCCGGUUUACUGAAUGUUGUUCAAGAGCAGAAACACAUAACAUGUUUAGAGAAGAGAUGGACCGACAGCGGAAGCUGCUUGUGCAUGAAAGGAAGCCGGGAAAAAGAACAGAAAAAAGUCCCCACCCUUUUUUACCUUCAGAUGUACGAAAGGUGAUUGUUGGUGAAGAACAGCAGCAGAUGGUUUCACUCUCAACUGCAGUCGUCCAGCAGCUGUUGGUGGUUAAAGAAGAGGUUCCCCCUGAGCAGCAUGAGAGGAGUUCCAUUCUGGACCCAGAGCCCCCCCCACACAUUAAAGAGGAACAGCAGGAACUCUGGAGCAGUCAGGAGGGAGAGCAGCUUCAGGGGCUGGUGGAGGCUGAUAUCGAGUCCACCUUCACUCCUGUCCCUGUGAAGAAUGAAGAUGAGGAAGAGAAACCUCCGUCCUCACAGCUUCAUCACAGACAGACUGAACUAAUGGAAACACAAGCUGAUGGAGAGGACUGUGGAGGAUCAGAACCAGCCUCAGAUCCAGAUACACAUUUACAACCAGAUACUGAGGACAACACUAGAGACUCUUCUGAACCUGAGACUGAUGACAGUGAUUUUUGGAAGGAGACCAGAGAGCAUCCAUCAGGUUUAAACUCUCUGGAAAGUGAUCAAGUCCCUGUCAGUGAUUCCAGACGUAGUGCUCGAGAGAAACCGUUUAGCUGCUUUCAGUGUGGAAAAAGAUUUAGCUGUAAGGGGGACCUGAAGGGACACAUUAUAACUCAUACAGGAGAGAAACCAUUCAGUUGCUCUGAGUGCAAUACAGUAUUUGUGUUUGAAGAACAGCUUCAUUUACACUUAAUAACUCAUAAACGAGAGAAUUCCUUUAGUUGUUCGAAUUGUGAUAUGAGUUUUGAACAAAAAGUGAAUCUGACAAACCCCAUUGCAGUCCAAACAGGGCGCAAACUCUUCCUCUGCUCUGUUUGUAACUCAGGUUUCAGUGAUAGUGAGGCUUUAGUUCAACACAUGAGGAUCCACACGACACAAACACAGUUUAGUUGCCCAAUUUGUAGUAAAGAAUUUGCCUGGAGAAGAUAUCUGACAAAACAUAUGGAUAUCCACAAAAUCUACAGCUGCAGUGUUUGUUCCAAAAAGUUCACUCGCCGUUAUCAGCUGAAAUACCAUCAGUGUGUUGAUCGUCAGUCCUCAAAGCUUCAUCGGAGCAAAACACAAAAUGAAGUCCUCGUCAGUAAUGAUAGGUGUAAUACUGCUGAAAAACCAUAUAGUUGCUCUAACUGUGGGAAAAUAUUUGGCCAAAAGCACCAUCUAAAGAGACACCGGAGAUCUCAUACAGGAGAGAAACCAUUUAGAUGCUCAGUAUGUAGGAAGUAUUUUGCACGAAGUGACACGUUACAGACACACAUGAGCAUCCACACCGGAGAAAAACCAUUCAACUGCUCAGUUUGUGAGAAAACAUUUCUGCGCAAGGCACAUCUGAAGAGACAUAUGGGAACUCAUACGGGGAAACCAUUCAGCUGCUGAUUGUCUUGGAACAGAUACGUAGAGGUCACACACUACAUAGGAGUUCUCCAGAACCACACUGAACUCCAAACAUAAGAACAUGUUUAUUCAGAUUGUCUCUAUCAUGCGAAGCAACACAAGUAGGUUACAUUACUGUCUCAUUUUCUAGGCAAUUACUACUAUAUUAUUGGUUUUAUAUGUGAUUUUAAUGUAUUUAAUUUCCCCUUCACAGCACUGUUGUUUGGACUCUCUGGUUGUUUGGACUGUUGUUAUGUCUCUAGUGUGCAGCAUGUUUAAAGUCAUGUAGUUGUUUAAUUGUGUACAUCCUUUAUUCUUGUUUAACAUGGCCCACAGAUGACCCAUGCUUUUUAAUAUAUCAGUGAUUCUAAAUAUUAGGCAAACAAAUCUGUUUCCUUGUUUUGAUUACCACAAACUGUUCAUAGAGGGGAAUAUUUAGACUAUAUAAACAAAUGAGGACUAUGGCAUUGUUGAAAUUUUGAUUUAGAAAGAUUUAAAGGAAAUUCAACUUUUGCAUAUUUUAAGGGAAACCAAAUGUUUUGCAUUAAAUUCAUUAUUAUCAAAACACUUUUCCUGUUAUUUAACAUUAAUAUUUAAGAAAGGGAUAAAAUAUAUUUCUGUAAAUGUAAUCACUUUUAAUGAAAAUGUACUUUAUGACAUGAAAUGGUGGACAUCUUUAUGAUGUGCUCUAACAUUGUUUGUUUGCAGUUGAUGAAUGAAAAGUGCCAGAGCAUGGAAAACAUGUGUUUUCUAACAUCCUGAGAUCGACAGAAUAUUAUUAUUAUUCAGGUUUUUUUUUUAAAUCACAAAUCAUGAAAUCCCAAAGCCACCCUACAGUGAGAAUGACCCAGGUCCUGAUCCAUUUAAAGAAUGGUAGGUAGGUAUCAAUGUCUGGAAGCAGAUUCCGGCAGCUACUUGUAACAGUGGAGGGAGCGGAGGAGCUAGAGAACCAAGGUCAAGUGUAGGAAAUGUAUUGCUCACAUGUUAUGGAGACAUCAUUAAUUGACAUGUUAAAAUAACUUCAUGUUGUGGCCAACUAUGGUAGAAUAUAUUUUCAGGGAGAAGAAACACAAAGAAACAAGUGUGGAAUAAAUGAAGCAGCUC